AUGGCCCCUGCGGCGCGGAAUGGGAAAGCCGAACGAAAAAUCAGCAAGCUGUACGGCAUCAUCAAGUUCGGAAAUGAUACCGUAGAGCUGGUGCCGACGAACUGGAUAAUUGAUGGAAGGGUCUGCCUUUGGCCCCCGAACCGGACAAACUCGCAGAUUAUGACCAUGGUCAAGGCGCGGACAGAACCGGAGGAAGAUUGGGUGCCGUACACCUGUGUUGUCAUGGCAACUUUUAACAGCUACAGAAAAGCAAAAAAAAACCUUCGUGACGCGGAGUACACCUCCCACUUGGACACAGAGACAAGUGAGGAUGAGGAGGAAGAAGCUGAAGUGUACCAGCCAGCAAAAAAGAGAAUGCAGCUGCCACCGCCACCAAAAAGUGUCAUUGAAGUUCCAACACCUCCUUCAGCAGAAGGAUCUCAAGGUUCCUCAUGCAGUAGCCAGGAUACACCAUCUCCAGUGCACCGAUCCCAAGGUCGCUCAUGCAGCAGUAAGGAUGUGCCAUCCAUAGAUCACUUGCAAAGCCCUCGCGCCCGGUCACCAUACACGAGUCAUGGAAGCAGCCAGGAAGCUCAGUCUCCAGUGCAAUAUGGGCUGCCAAGGGCAACCAUUGCCAACAGUCAAGUGGGAGAAGGCGCAGACGUAGACCUGAGUGCGUUUAUGAAAAAGUCGCUCAGGCUGCUGCUUGAAAUCAAGGGAGACAUAAGGGACCUCACCCGGAGGGUGGCUGCGUUGGAGCAAGGCAGCGCCCCACCGUCAUCAGGAGACUCGACAGCGGACGUCGAUGACGUUCUGGAGGAGCCACUAUCCACUGUUGAACAGUGGGACAUCCUCGAGGACAAGCUACAGGACAGCGUUUUGCGAAAGAACCUGGUGGAUCGCCUUGCUGUACAUGGGGGCAGCACACUGAAUGAUGUCGUGCGCAUCAUCAUGGAGGCGUGCACAAGGAAGUCGCUUCAGCAGCUAAUGACUGUUGAGGGCCGUAACGGAAAAAAGGCGUUUAAAGGCUCGCGCCUUUUUACUUGUGUCAUGAGCGCUAUCCACAAGAGGAUGGAUACCCUGAAGCAGCCUGUGACUGAUAAGGAGAUCACCUCCAAGAUUGGACGCUAUCUCACGUGUGCUGGCGAUCGUGAGGGAGGUCGGAAAGAAAGAUUAAACAAGUAG